UGUCAUUCACAACAUAUUUGCAACUAAACUACUCUUCAAAAUUCUAAGAUUUCUCUAUUUUUUUCCCCUCAAAUGGCCACUAAAAAUAUACGCUUAGGACUUCUAUCUCUAUCUUUUUAUGCCGCCUUGGCAUCUGACCAUAGUCCCCUUCAAGAUUUCUGUGUUGCAGACCCAAACAGUCAAGUGCGAGUGAAUGGUAUGGCAUGCAAGAGCCCUAGCAUGGUUCAAGCCAAUGAUUUCUUCUUGAGUGGACUUCACAUAGCCGGCAAUACAUCGAAUGCACUUGGCUCGAAGGCAACCCCAGCUACGGUAGGUCAGAUACCGGGACUUAACACUCUUGGCAUAUCAAUGGUUCGAAUUGACUAUGCACCAAUGGGUCUCAACCCACCUCACACGCACCCUCGUGCCACUGAGAUCUUGACAGUCCUAGAAGGCAGCCUUGAAGUUGGUUUUGUCACGUCUAACCCUGAUAAUCGUCUUAUCUCCAAGGUACUUCAAGUGGGUGAUGUGUUUGUAUUCCCAAUUGGCCUCAUUCACUUUGAGCGCAAUGUAGGAUAUUGUAAUGCCGUUGCCAUGGUAGCUCUUAGCAGCCAAAACCCCGGUGCCAAUACAAUCACAAAUGUGGUGUUUGGUGCCAAGCCUGAUAUAUCUAGUGAUGCUCUUGCUAAGGCUUUUCAAGUGGACAAGAACAUUGUUAUCAAUCUGCAGAUGAAAUUCUAAACAAGCAACGAUGAUUACCAUGCAUGGCAAGGAAACACAACUCUAUAUUAUGUUUGCAGGAGCUUCUAGUUUAAAGUUUCAUGUUCAUUGUCGUUGAAAUAUUAAUUGGAUCUUGAGUUUGUGGAAUGAGUAAAUUGUGAUGGUUUCAUUA